UGUGUUCCUGCUUGUGUUCGGAGCUUUGACCUACUUGGAAUGGAUGGAGAAGCAAGCCCAAUGAGUGGAGGCAGCCAGAGAGCGGAUAAACGAUCCUACAAAGACUUGAAGAUUGAUGUGGAGGAAAUGGAGGAACAAUAUUUGGAUUUUGAGGAAUCAAGCAACAAGAAGCUUCACGAGGAACCAGGAGGCUUGAUAAACAAGAUAUGCAAACACUCUGCUAUGAUACAGUAUGUUUCAGUGAUAAAUGGUAAUAGUAGAGUUGAGCCGGAACUUCUUGAAGCAGAGUCCUCUGGCUUCCUCCCUGCUUAUCCAGUCUGUAUGUCAGGAGACCGCUGGGAGAAAAGAGGAGAAGAGGCAAGUCCCAUCUCCCUGUUGGAGUACUGGGUGUACCCAGAUAACCAGCACCACAGGGCGCUCUGUCCUGUAAGCAGGACAAUCGCUCCAGUAACCCACAGGCCUCGCCCCGUCAUAUCUGCUCUCAGUCCAGUAACAGCCAUCGCUCCUAAAGUGAGCUCCGUUGUUAAUCCUAUGGUUUCCAGCCCUGUUACUGACACCUGUAGUCCCAGCAGUUCCAUGUGCAGUCCCACCAGUUCAGCCUGGGACUCUCUCAGAUCCACUUCCAGGAGCCCUGGCUGCUCGGACCAGGAUCCUGUCAGCGCUGCAGCUCACCUACACCUGUUGGGAGAGUCCUUGUCCCUGAUUGGACUCCAUCUUCAGGAGACAAAUAAAUUGGUGAGCAUGUCGAGUAGCUUAUCUCUGCUCUUGGACUCUCUGCUGUGUGCCCUGGCUCCUCUGAUCUGCCUCAGCGCACAGAUACCGGAGCUGAGGAGCUGCACCCAACACACACUGGCUUCCACUCUGGAAAACAUUGCCUAUUUGAUGCCCGGGUUGUGAGGGACAAUGAAGAACACACUAUAGCAGCAUGUUCUAAUAUGCUAUUACACUCAAUGCGCUAAUGGGCUAAGACCAUUUGUUUUCAGUGUUAAACAAUUGUUCCUUUCAUUACGAAUAUGCAAACUAACUUUGUUUGUUCAAUUAAAAGAUGUGUAUGAAGAUAA